CAUUUGCCAAAAGAAUUGAUUUUUAUCGGAUGUAAAAUUACACGCUACUCUUUACCUUAAAAUUUAUGUUUAAUUAAAACAUUUUUUAAAUUCAUAUCAAAUAUUUUAAAAUAAACGAAAAAUGAGUGAAACACCGAAAGAGGACGAUAAAUUUUCAGAUUUUACCAGAUCAAGAACAAAGUCAAGAUCUAAAAGUAGAGACACUAAUGAUACAGAUAGAAUUGACAGAGAGCGUGAAAAAAGAAGUCGAAGGGAAAGAAGCAGAGAAAAAGAAAAAAAACGUAGUAGGGAAAGAGAUAGUCACAGACGUAGUCGAGAUCGUGAAAGUCAUAAUAGACGAAGCCGUGACAGAGAUGGUCACACCCGAAGAAGUAGAGAAAGGGAGAGUAAAAAGCGUAGCCGGGAUCGUGAGCGUGAAAGAAAACGAAGCAGGGAUCGCAGCCGGGAAAGAGAGAGAGACAGAAGAAGUCGUGAUAGGGACAGAGAUCGAGACCGAGAUCGCGAACGUGAUAGAGAUAAAAGAAGUAGGGAUCGUGAACGUCGCAGAAGUCGGGAAAGAAGAAGUAGGGAUCGUGAAAGACGAAGCCGCGAUCGAGAUCGUGACAGGAAAAGUCGUGAUAGAGACCGAGAUCGCCGACGCAGUCGUGACAGAGACCGCAGAAGUAGAGAUCGGAUUAGUAGAUCUCGAUCUCCAAAGAAAGAACCUUCAAUGGUACGUGAGAAUAAACUUGAUCUGACGCAGGCUAUAACAGAAAUGAUAUACUGUACUUCAGCUACGUCCAAAAAUUUUGCUGCUUUACUUUGCCAAAAUAGCAACGAUUCUACAAGUAAUGGGCCGUCGGAAACAUCAUCACUUGAUGGCAAAGGGAAAAAGAAAAGAUCUAGAUGGGGUGGAACUGAAAAUGAUAAAACCUUCAUACCAGGAAUGCCAACUAUUUUACCUUCGACUUUGGAUCCAAAUCAGCAACAAGCAUAUUUAGUUCAAUUACAAAUUGAGGAGAUAAGUAGAAAAUUAAGGACUGGUGAUCUGGGAAUUCCGCAAAAUCCUGAAGAAAGGUCACCUUCACCUGAACCAAUAUACAGUUCUGAUGGUAAACGUCUAAAUACACGUGAGUUCCGUACAAGAAAGCGUCUUGAAGAACAACGACAUCAGUUAAUUUUACGUAUGCAAUGUAUGAAUCCCGAUUUCAAACCGCCCGCAGAUUAUAAACCGCCAGUAAUACGUGUGAGUGAUAAAGUUUUAAUUCCACAAGAACAGCAUCCCGAUAUUAAUUUUGUUGGUCUUUUAAUUGGACCAAGAGGCAACACAUUAAAAGCAAUGGAAAAAGAAACUGGAGCCAAAAUCAUUAUACGUGGCAAAGGUUCAGUUAAAGAAGGAAAAGUAGGACGAAAAGAUGGACAACCGUUACCCGGUGAAGAUGAACCUUUACAUGCUUUUAUAACCGCUAACAAUCCAGAAGCUGUUAAAAAAGCUGUAGAUAAAAUAAAAGAUGUGAUUCGGCAAGGUAUUGAAGUUCCUCAGGGUCAUAAUGAUUUAAGGAGAAUGCAGUUAAGAGAAUUGGCUCAGUUAAAUGGCACUUUACGUGAAACAGAUAUUAUACGAUGCGCAAAUUGUGGUUCAACCGAACAUAAAACUUGGUUAUGUCCGGAUAAACCUAAUAUAACGAAUAAUAUUGUUUGUACUUCAUGUGGUGGUGCUGGUCACAUUUCUAAAGAUUGUCGUAGUAAGCGACCUGGUGCUACCGGAUCUACUCCAGAUUCCCAAGCUAAAAUUGAUGAGGAAUACCUAAGCUUAAUGGCAGAACUGGGUGAAGGUCCUCCUCCAUCUGCUGCGAAACAAAUAGACCCCUUAGUUCAAGCCCAUUUAAAUCGUGGAUAUACAUUGUUUGAUCAGAAACCCAGUCAACCAAAAGCAAUAGCUGCACCGCCAGUUUCUGCAGCUCCUCCUCCAGCUCCAGCCCCAAUAAUGAAUGUUGUUCCCCCGCCACCACUUCCACCACAACCAGGUCUACCACCAUUGACAACAGUUCCUCCUCCUCCAAUGCCUAUACCACCAUGGAAUUCUUCAAAUAAUAAUUCAACUUUACCAGCAAUGCCGCCAGCAUUACCACCUCCUCCCCCAAGUGUACCACCGCCGAUGCCUUGGAUGCCAUCGGCUCAACCUCCUCCUCCAGGUGGCGAUACUUUGGCUCCACCUGGUACAACAGCUGCGCCACCUCUGCCGCCAUGGAGUGGUGGUCCUCCCAUACCACCACCAAAUUUUUGGAGUCCAAGCGGUCCACCAUCAUUUGUUCCUCCCCCGCCAGAUUUUAUUUCAGGUACCGCACCUGCGCCUCCCGCGCCACCAGGCACACCAUCUCCAGCUGGGAUUUUACCAAGUUUGAGCCAGCCUCCCCCUCCUCCUCCAGGAAAUUAGACGAUACAUAAUCAAAAUUCAUACUUAAAAAUAUGCAAUUUUAUUUCAAUAAAAAAUUAGCAAAAAAAAAAGAAGAACCCAAAA